AUGAACAUCGCUACACUCAGCGAGACCCGGUUUUCCGAACAAGGCCAACUGGAGGAGGUGGGUGCAGGCUACACCUUCUGGUGCGGUCGCCCGAAGGCAGAACGCCGUGACGCGGGUGUCGCCUUUGUCCUCCGGAACGACAUCGUGGAACGACUGCCCUGUCUGCCGCAGGGCAUAAGCGACCGCCUGAUGAACCUUCGCCUGCUUCUCCGGGGAGGCAAAUUCGCCACCGUCAUCAGCGUCUACGUGCCGCCGAUGCCCAGCCCUGACGCCGCAAGGGCCGAAUUCUAA